AUGCCACGUCCAUUUGGUGCUUGGGCUCCCGCCACAACUCUCGCAGAGUACCGUGCACGCAUGCCAGGCAUGAGAGCCUUUUCUUUCCUCUUAUUACCUCGUGUACGCCGUGAGGUUUAUUAUCAUCCAGAGGCCCUCGCCCACUUUAAAGAUCCCCAACAGUAUAAAGAUGCCCUGGACACCAUUGUAUCUAUGCGAGUCUCGGAUAAAUUCUUUGGUGAGGGAAAUAAACUGCCCCGUCAUGCAUUUAUGAAACUGACAGUCAUUAUGGCUGCCUUUGCGGUAUCUGUAUUUGCUGUUCUCCGCUAUUACUAUGGGGUGUAUGUGCCGGCGAAUAACCCGACCUGGCGUAAGGUGGUGAAUAAGGAGUGGGAGGAGGCCAUUAACAACUCCCCGUGGGAUCACAUGUCUCAUGUCUGGCAGUACAGUGAUCAGUACGCUGCGGUGAUUGGUGAGGCCUCCUCCUUUGGCAGACGCAAAUUCUACAUUCCGGCUUAA